GACACAUUUCUUGAUGGGACUUUAAUUACUCGCAAACCAAUCAAUUAAAUCCAGAUUUAUGAUUUGCGUCACCAAAUCCGUCCCUUCGUUGACCUCAUCACAAACCUUCUCUCUCUUCAGUCCUUACCUUCCAUCUCCGCCUUGCUUAGCCAGAAACUUCCGAUAAGAGCCCUACCACUCUCUCUCCUUGGGUUUUUACCUUAAGAAAACCCCCCCAAGAAACAUCUCCUCGCUUCCCUUCCUUCUUUGUCUCGUUAAUCUUUUCUUAAAGCCCAGAAAAACGUGUUCUUCUUCCUGUUCUCCGCCACCGAAGAAGAGUCCCAAUCCAAUCCCAUCUCGGUGAAUCAAACAUCGUAGAAGAAGAAGAUUGAGAAGCCAGAGAGAGGAAGAAGAAGAUGUGUUGCGAUUGCGAUUGCGAGUGCCGUCCGCUGGGGUGGCUGCUGGGCCUCCCCUUCGCCCUCCUUUCUCUCCUCGUCUCCAUUGUCGGCGUUGUCAUCUGGAUCGUCGGGUUGUUGCUGUCGUGCAUCUGCCCGUGCUGCCUGUGCGUGACGGUGCUGGUGGAGCUGGCCAUCGAGCUCAUCAAAGCCCCUCUCCAUGUCAUGGAGUGGUUCACCUCUCAGAUCCCCUGUUGAUCUCCGCUUCGAUCUUCUUCUUGUUCUCCUGUUCUAUCUUGCUGCGGGAUGGGUUUUCUUUCAGAUGGGGUUUUUAUGCUGCUACGGUUAUGUGAUCUUUUCUUUUAUUUUUUUCCUUCUAUUAUUUGCCCCCCAAAUAAUUCUCUCUUGUUUCUUGUAAAUUGAUUAUAUAUUUUGAGUGUUGGUUUCUUGGAUUCCGUAGA